AUGCAGUUGCAAACAUUUGUUUGUAUAUUCGUAAUCGGAACAUCCUUCGUGUUGGCAAAAGAACCAGAACUGCCACUGUGUCCAACAAACAUAAACUACUUCCCGCAGACCUUGCCGAUGCACUGUCGUAUGCCGCGGAGUGCUAACUACCCAAUGUUUCCAGGAAUGCUACCGAACUUGACAUUUCCACCUCUGCCUCCAGUUUAUCAGGGUCCUCCCGAUAAGCAACCCGCUCCAAUGCCCAUUCCGGUGCCGCCAGGGAUGCCCGGACCGGUACCGAUGCCGAUGCAUGUGCCUAUGAUGCCAAUGCAACCACCAGGACCGGCUCACAAGUUGCCCGUCAUCGUAAUGCCAUUUUAUUCUCCAGAACCAAUAAGGAAACCCAGCAAUUCAGGCCGCCAUACACCAAAAAAGAGGCGAGUACACAAUAAUAAAAAGAGACUACCCCAUUAUCACACUGAAACAGACACGGAUACGGACACCGACACCAGCGAAACUGACACCUCUAGAGACACCUCAGGCGAUACGUCGUCUUCAGAUUAUGACGCUGGGUGGUGGAGAGGUAGAAAAAUUGGCAGAAGAUCCAAUGGUAAGCACUUGCUAAAAAGGAGAAAGCAGAAAAAAAAUAAGGAAUUACUGACACCGAUCUUGCAGUAUGUCACUAAGGAUGGCUACGUCAUAUUCGAGAAGAAAAUAAGUAAAAAUCAAGCAAGUGAUUGGUUGCAAGAGAAACAGGAAGACAAAGAGAGAGAAUUUAAUGCUCCACCAAAAGAAAUCAACAACGAUAAAGAUGAGGAAGAGGCUAUCCAAGAAGUGGAGAACGCUACUAAAGAGGUAGCUAAAAAUAGAGGCACCGAUACGAAAAUAUUUCAAGAAAUGGAACAAGUCGAAGUUAAGACACAUAGGAAUCCUCAUCGGCAUAAACCGAAAAAAUCGUUUAAGGACAAAAGUUGA